AGAAGCAAGUGAUGAUAAAAAGCUUAGAGUAACCGCAAAUUUAUGUGCACCUCUUCUUUAAUCGUCCCCUCUUUUGGUUUCGUUUAAUAUCUUCCAUAUCUUCUGUUGUUUUUUAUGUUGUUUGCUUCUUCGUCUCACAACUACAAUAUCUGUAUAUUUCUGAACAACUUAAAACCUUCAUCCUCCAAUGGGAAAUCAAAACAAUUUUGCAAAUUAAACUGGUGGGGGAAGACAAGAAAAAGAAAACAGAGUACUCUGUUUCUGUGUCUCCCCUGUUUUGCCUCUUAUCGUCUGAAACAUGAAAGUUUAAAAAAAUGGAGAAGAAGGUGGAUACAUGUUCUCCAACUGGUGUUCUCGAGGAUUUCUUUAGGAGUGAAGAAUUCGAAGGGACUAAUUCUUGUAAAGAACCAACAAAUGAUCAAAGCUCAAAGCAAGGUGGUUCUAAAUGGCGAGGAUUGGCACAAUUAUUCCGAAGUAAAUCGAAGAAAUCUUUAGCCAAUUUGCAGAAUUUCGGGUCAUUUAGGCUGUCGUUAAGGAGUAAUAGUAUGAGAGAAAACUUUGCUGUUGCACCAGAUUUUUUUUCCGGUUCAUAUAAUCGUAGGAAAAUUUUUACUCUUUCAGAGCUUCAAGCUGCCACAAAAAACUUCAGCACUGAGAAUCUUGUCGGAAAAGGUGGUUAUGCUGAAGUCUAUAAAGGGAGUUUACGAAACGGACAGCUUGUUGCAAUAAAACGACUAACAAAAGGCACAGCCGAUGAGAUUAUAGGGGAUUUCUUGUCUGAGCUUGGGAUUAUGGCUCAUGUGAACCAUCCCAACACUGCUAAGUUAAUUGGUUAUGGAAUUGAAGGUGGAAUGCAUCUUGUCCUUGAGUUGUCUCCAAAUGGGAGCUUAGCUUCUCUUCUUUAUGGUUCAAAGGAAAAACUGACAUGGGGUAUUAGGUUUAAGAUUGCUUUAGGAACAGCUGAAGGUUUAAGGUAUCUUCAUGAAGGUAGUAAGAGGAGAAUCAUACAUAGAGAUGUCAAGGCUGCAAAUAUUUUGCUUACAAAGGACUUUGAUCCUCAGAUUUGUGACUUCGGACUCGCGAAAUGGCUACCCGAAAACUGGACUCACCACACCGUUUCCAAGUUCGAAGGCACUUUCGGCUACCUAGCUCCUGAGUACUUGAUGCACGGCAUAGUCGACGAAAAAACCGAUGUGUUUGCCUUUGGUGUACUGUUGUUGGAACUCGUUACCGGCCGUAGAGCUCUGGAUUACUCUCAGCAAAGCCUUGUAUUGUGGGCUAAACCUUUGCUAAAGAAGAACGAAAUCCGAGAGCUGAUCGAUCCCAAUCUCGGCAACGAUUACAGUGCUCGAGAAAUGGGCCUUGUCCUCCUAGCCGCUUCGCUGUGCAUACACCGGUCGUCGAUACGGCGUCCGCAAAUGAGUCAGGCAUUGCAGCUACUUAAUGGCAAUCCCAACAGCUUAAAGAGCAUUAAGAAAUGUCGGGUCCCGUUUUUUCAAAAAAGCUUUCAAUGAAGAGAUUUGAAAUGGUGCAUGCAGAGAGAUGAAGUUGAAAGGGGGGACCAAAUUGAAAAGAUUGACGUUGUUUCACGUACAUUAAAAAAUGGGAUUUUUAAAAAGGAACAGAACAGGAUUAGGGUUUGGGUAGAAUUCCGAGGAGGGCAAAAAGGAAUGUGAAGAAUGGCAGUGUGUUUGGGACAUAGAAGACAUGUACAUAAGAGAAUCAUUGGGGAGCAGAAGUAGAGAGAAUACCCUAUGGUUCAGUCAAUUUUUGUCGGAGAAAUAGAUUAAGGGGGAGAACCAGCCAUUGUCUUUUUUUUUUCUUUUUUCUAAUUUAUUUUAACUUUAAAGCAAACAAUGAUAAAAGGAGUUUUUUUUAAUUCCCAAAAGAAGGCUCUUUUGUUUUUAUUUUUAAAAUAAGAUAUUUAUUUGCUAUGUUAUUAUUC